CCCGCUACCGGUCUCCCUUCUCCGGGAUCCUGAAGCUCGGAUCUGGGGAAGAGGAGGAGGAGGAGGAGGAGGAGAGACACUAUUGCCGUUUCUUUUUCCCUCUCCCUUUUGCGGGAUUUAUUCUGUCAGCUCCAGAUCUUUGCGCGCUUUGUGUUUUUUAAGUGAUCGAAGGCCUUCAACUUGCCCGGACGGUCCCUGCCCACUCGCAAGGGAGGGUGGCUUUGCUGACCUCGGGUAAGAGGAGUCGGUUCCAGGUGAAGGAAGAUGUGGCGCCACCUGCUCGACUCGCCAUGGCAGGAUGUGUUCACUGAGCAGACAUUUGCCUUAACUUGAAAAGCCCUUCCUCUGGCGGAAUCGACAGCUUGGCGAUAACGCGUUUAAUAGAUCGUUUCACACCUCCAUCUGAGGAUUUGAUGGACCGCCUUUUGGGGAUCUUUGUGUGGAGCCUGGCUUGGUUCAGGGACUAGAUGAAAAGGCUUCAUCUGUUGGAUGCUACAUGAUCACGCUGGAUCGUACACAGUGGUAACUUCCGUGUGGAUAUUGUGGAGAUAUCCGGCAAGUGGAGGCCGAGCGGCGCCGGUGUCUUUUGAAGAGUUUUUGAUUCCCCCGUGAGAAGAGGGUUUAUCUGGAUAUUUCCCAUGAAGGACAUGGAUGGUCCUCGGUCGAGUGGCCUGCGGAAGAAGAGGAAGUCAAGGUCGGAGAGGGAUCGGGAAAGGAGAUCAAAUGGGAUAAGGAACAACCACGUCAAGGGCUCCGUGUUUCGCUUCUCCUCCGACUCGGAGCGGGAGGGCGACAGGGAGCCCUCUUCGUCCCGCCCUCGGCCCCCUCGGAGGAAGCGGAAGGAGUCCACUUCUGCCGAGGAGGACAUCAUCGACGGGUUCUCCAUCACGGGCUUCGUGACCCUGGAGGCUCUGGAGAAGAACUUGACGCUGAAGCCCCAGGAGAGCAGAGACAACCAGGCCGGACCGCUGCACAAGAAGAAGCCGGGCCGAGUCCCCAACGGCCUGAGCCUGGACCCCUGCAGGAACAGCUUCCACCACCACCAGUCGUCGGACCAGGAGAACAACCCGCGGCUGGCUCACGCGCCGGGCAAGAGGAAGAAGAAGCGCCUGAGCAAGAAGCACCGGAUGCUGAAACCGGGGCAGAACAACUGCAAGGACAGCGACAGCGAGAGCGUCAGCGGCGAGUCCAAGCCCUCCGUCCGGAGCAGCUCCAGAGACAGGCUGACUGAUGGCGACACAGAGAGUGACCAAGACGACAAGGUCUCCGAUGCCGGUUCAGAGAAAUUUUUCAGCACAGCCGCAGCUAAAGUUCCUGAUUUUGGCGUCGAUGUCGUCCCGACCAAUGGCAGCCAGGAGCCUCACGGCCCCGGCCUCCUCAAGGUGUCAGGCCUAGAGCGGAGCCAGGAGAGGAGCCAGGAGAGCUGCAGAGACCCCCCGCCCCCGGCCUCCCGCACCCCCACCCAGCCGUCCCCUCUGCCGUCCCACCCCGCGCCCCCCCAGCCCCGGCGCCCGCUCCCCCCGGCGCCGUCCCCCCUCCGGACCCAGCCGAACGGCCCCGCCCAGGCUCCGGCCUCCGCCCUCCCGCCGCCACGCCCAGAGGCUCUCCUCAGGCCUCAGACGCCCGCAGCCCUGCCUCUAGCCCAGGGCCGAGAGCCCUCGCCGCCCCCCCCCUCCCCGGCCCAGCACCAGCCCGAGCUGCCGUCCCACCCCAGACCGUCGCCGACGCCCAGCCUCCACCCCCACCCGCCGUCGCCCGCCCUCCCCACCCACCACCCCCACCAGCAGCACCCCAGCCAGGCUGGGCCUCACCGGCCCCCGUCACGCUGCCACCCCCGCCCCCUUUCCACCUACAACGGCCUCAACCUCAACGGCCACAGCAGCAGCAGGAGCAGCACUCCCGGCACCAAGCCCCACGGGCCCCCUGCUCCCCCCCUGCACCUCCCCCACCACCCGCCGCCGCCUCAGGCCGCCGCCGCGGCCUCCGCCUUCCCCCUGCCUUUGGCGGCGAACCAGAGCGCCCCCCACAGCUUCCCCUCGGCCUUGCAGUCCUCGCCGCACUCCCAUCACCCCAAUAUGUUCGCUCCUCCAGCGGCCUUACCUCCACCACCGCCACUGACGUCUAGCGCCCUGCCGGUACCCGGACACCCUGCUGCUGGGAGUGCCUACUCAGAACAAGACCUUCUGCGCCAGGAGCUCAACACCCGCUUCCUGGCCUCACAGAGCGCCGACCGCGGUGCCUCGCUGGGCCCGCCGCCCUACCUGCGCACCGAGUUCCACCAGCACCAGCACCAGCACCAGCACCAGCAUCAGCACCAACACACCCACCAGCACACCCACCAGCACACCUUCACGCCCUUCCCCCACGCCAUCAUGCCCACCCCAGCACCGCCCAUGGUGCGUACCCCUGCCAGAAAUUUUGACAAAUACCCAACAAAAGUUGACCCCUUCUACAGACACAGUCUCUUCCACUCCUACCCGCCCGCCAUGUCUGGCCUUCCUCCCGUCAUCCCCCCGAACGGGCCCUUCAGCUCGCUGCAGGGCGCCUUCCAGCCCAAGACCUCCAAUCCUCUGGACGUGUCCACGAGGCCCGGCGCCGUCCCACACACCUUCCUCCAGAAGGACCCCAGGCUAACGGAUCCAUUUCGGCCCAUUCUCAGGAAACCAGGGAAGUGGUGCGCCAUGCACGUCCACACCGCCUGGCAGAUCUACCACCACCAACAGAAAGUAAAGCAGCAGAUGCAGGUCGACCCUCACAAGCUAGACUUCGGCCUCAAGCCCGAGUUCUUGAGUCGACCGCCGGGCCCGAGCCUGUUCGGCGCCAUCCACCACCCCAGCGACCUGGCGCGGCCCGCCACGCUCUUCUCUGCUGCAGGUCCCACUCACCCGUCUGCAGCUCCGUUCGGUCAUCCUCCUCACCACCCGGGAAACUUCCUCACUCCGGCGUCUCACUUAGAACCGUUCAGCAGACCCACGUCGUUCGGAGGCCUGGGCUCCCUCAGCUCCUCGGCGUUCGGCGGCCUGGGGAAUCCGGCACUAACGGCCAACUCGGUGUUCGGCCAUAAGGACGGCGCCAACCCGCCGCAGCACUUCAACAGCGGCGCCGGCGGCGGCGGCGGCCACCAGGAGCCGUGGAACCGGCUGCACCGCACGCCGCCCUCCUUCCCCACGCCGCCGCCGUGGCUGAAGCCCGGGGACUCGGAGAGGAGCGCCUCGGUCAGCUCGCACGAGAGGGAGCGGGACGUGGACAAGCGGGACGCGCUGGGCGGGAAGGACGACAAGGACAGGGAUUCGGUAGAAAAGCGUCAUCCCAGUCAUCCAUCGCCGGUUCCGGUCAAUCCCAUCAGCCUCCUGGGCCACAGCCGGCCCCCCGAGCACCACCGGAACCACCUGCCCCCGCCCGCCGGAGAGCCCCCCAGGGAGAAGGAGAACAAGCCCAAAGAGCGGGAGAGGGAGCGGGACCGGGAGCCGCCGGACGCCUGGAAGGACAACGGCGCCGACGACCACAAGCUGAAAGAAGGCCAGCACGGCGACAAGGACGCGCCCGUCAUCCACGACGGCCGCACGCCGGAGGACAAAGCGCCCGGCCGCGGCACGGCGUCGCCGUACGUGCGGCAGACCAGCCUGGAGCGUCCGAACGGCGGCCUGAGCCGGGAGGCGCCGGACAAGAAGGCGGAGCUGCUGCCGUACGAGCACCAGAAGAAGAGCGGCGAGGUGAAGGUGAAGGAGGAGAGGAAGGAGGAGCAGGACGGGUCGGCGGAGCGGCCCGGCGACGGCUCGGCCGCCCCCGCCCUCCACCCGCCCUCCUCCAUGCCCGUGCCCAUGGGCAUGGCGGGCGUCCACCCCAUCAACAGCAUCAGCGGCCUGGAGAGGACUCGAGUGGUGGCGCCCUUCAUGGGCAUCAGCCCCAUCCACGGCGCCGACCGCUUCCCGUACCCCGCCUUCCACUGGGACCCCAUGAGGGACCCGUACCGCGGCCUGGACAUCCACCGGCGGGACCCGCUGGCGAGGGACCUGCUGCUGAGGAACGACCCGCUGCACCGGCUGGCGGCGCCGCGCCUGUACGAGGCCGAGCGCUCCUACCGGGACCGCGAGCCGCACGACUUCAGCCGCGACCACGCCCACCCGCUGGCGCUGGAGCAGCGGCGGGAGCAGGAGCGCGCCCACCUGGAGGAGCGCGAGCGCCUCAGCAUGCUGCGCGAGGACUACGAGCACGGCCGCCUGCACCCCUCUAUGCACCACCCCGCCCUGGACGGACACCUGCCCCACCCCCACCCCGCCCCCGGCCUCAUGGCGCCCGGACUGCCGGGCAUGCACUACUCCAGGGUGAGCCCCUCGGCCGCCGCAGCGGCGGCCGCCGUCGCCGCGCAUCAGAACGGCAUCCUCAACAAGACUCCGCCCACCGCCUCCCUGAGCGCCCCGCCCCCCCUCAUCCCCACGCUGGGCGCCCGGCCCGGCUCGCCCCGACGGACUACCCCCCUGGCCACAGACAUCAGGGACAGACCGCCUCACAAAGACAUCGAGGCACGGUGAGCCGACCCCCGACCCCUGACCCCGCCCCCCCCCCCGACCCCCCCCGUGCCUCACCCGCCUCCAACUCACACCAAGCACUUAGCUUCGGGCGAAGCGAGACUGUAACAUAGCUGUGAAUAAUUUAUGUGGGCGGAGACUCGCCCACCGAUCAGUGAGACAGUAAUCAUGGAACAAAAUAAAAAAAUCAUUUUUAAAAGGUUUUUCUUUUUCCGUUCCGCCGCUCGUACAGCGAGGCGGCGUGGAGCCCGUACAGGCGGAAAGGCAUGUAGAUAGCGUGUACAGUCGCUGUGCUCUCACUCCGUGUGGAUCAAAAAUCAUGGUACAAAUAUGCAAAGAGUGUUUUGAAAGCUUUACUUUGAACAAAUGUAAAUACGGGAGUCUGGAGGAUUCAGAAUGUGCUUUUUUUUGCUAUUUUCCUUUGGUUUUUUUGGACGCAGGUGAUUUGAAGCAUUGUACCAGAG